CCCUUUUGGACAUCGUGUAUAUAUGUUAAGUAUUUCAGUCAAAUCGACAUUACUCGUGCAUGUUUGUUUCUUGUUAAGGUUCAAUACUGUCUCAACAAGUAAAUCCUAUUGGUAUUUCAAGAUGACGCUGACUAUUACGUAAUAAUGUAGGAUUAAUUUCUUUACCACUGACCUGGCAUGAUUUCUAAUUUAUUUCUAGAACUAAUGGUACGUAUCAAAAAUCGAUACCUCGUUUGUUUCAUUUCGAUUCAACCUCAAAAUUCCAGUUCAUUUAUACCAGGUUAUCCUGGCUGCCAAAAGGAGGAUACAGCGGCGAUGCGCUUGAGCGAGUCUGAUUUAUUGGCCAUGAUAAAACAAAACAUCACCCUUACACACGGUUCACUUGGAGUCGGUAAAUGUAUGUCUCGCUUAAGAGUAAUUCACUGGUGUCCUGCUUCCGGUUUAUUGAUUAUACGUUGCCUUCGUAGCAUGUCUGUUUACGUCCAAACAGCACUCUCUUUGGUUACUCACUUAGAUCUCAAUGGACAAAAAAGGAAAUCGGUAAUCGACAUUUAUCAUACAAGCGGUACAGUCAGAGGCUGUCAAAAAUUCCUAGUCAUGUUUUACUCUCAUAAUUUAUUCUCAAGACCAGAACAAUUAUUUCGAACAGCCUUGUCUAUUGCUGUUGAACGAAAUAUGAUUUCUCCAUAUCCACCAUACAUCAAUGAAGAAUCCUAA